ACCACCACCACUAUUUUACUCGUCUUUCGUUAGUCUUUAGUUUACUCACUGACUAGUCUUCUUCCAAUUCCACCACCUCCACCAUUUCCCAAUUCCCCCCUUUCUCUCACUUCUCAACUCCCAAUUGCUUCCCAUCACUCCCUUCUCUCUCAUCACGUGAUUCCCUCAUGCCGACGUGCAGCGACGUUGACGCAGCAGCGCGUGUACUCACGUGUCGUAACAGCACGUCGGCCACCCACUUGAAACUAGUCUCAACUUUUGUAAUCUUCCUUACAAGCGUUAUCGGAAUCUCUUUUCCGGUCAUCCUUUCCAAAUCCUUCGCCGGAAAACCGGUUUACGAUAAGGCUACUUUAGUGAUUAAAUGUUACGCCGCUGGGGUAAUUCUGUCUACUUCCCUAGUUCACGUCUUACCUGACGCCUUCGACGCGCUUAAUGAUUGUUCUGUCUCCACGCGCCACCCGUGGAAGGAUUUUCCAUUCGCCGGAUUGGUUACCCUAAUUGGUUCCCUGCUCGCCUUACUCGUCGACCUCACUGCAAAUUCCUCACAUGCUGAACUUCAUUCGACGAGCGAAGGUUACGCUCGGCUUGAUGCUCCUCACUGUCAUGGCGGAGGGGAAGGUGAAGGAAAGGUGGAGAUGGUGGUGGUAGUGAAGGAAAGCGGUGAUGUAUGUGAGAAGGUAGCGGUUACGGCGGCGGAUACUGCUGAGGUUGAAGAAAUGAGGGAGAAAUUGAGGCAGAGGAUGGUGUCACAAGUGUUGGAAAUUGGAAUUAUAUUUCAUUCGGUGAUAAUAGGAGUGACUUUGGGGAUGUCACAAAAUGUUUGCACUAUUAAACCCCUUGUGGCUGCUCUUUCUUUCCAUCAGAUUUUUGAAGGCAUGGGUCUCGGUGGUUGUAUUGCUCAGGCAGGAUUCAGCUUCAAGACGACAGCCUACAUGUGUUUCAUGUUUGCAGUGACAACACCGAUGGGGAUUAUAUUAGGGAUGAUCAUAUUCUCAGUAACAGGGUACGAUGACAGCAGCGCUAAUGCAUUGAUUUCCGAAGGUUUGUUAGGUUCUUUGUCUUCGGGUAUACUCAUAUACAUGGCUCUGGUCGAUCUAAUAUCCGCAGAUUUCUUUCAUAAUAAAAUGAUGAGCUCCGAGGCAAAGAUUAAGAAGGGCUGCUAUAUUGCUCUGGUUCUGGGUUCUGUGUCAAUGUCAAUACUUGCCCUUUGGGCUUAAAAUUUUUGUACAUAUAUGCAACUUAUGAUAGAAAUUGGUUGUACUUCUGAGCCUCUAGACAAGGCAAUCCCAAAUUUCAUACUAACUCCUCAAGCUCUCCCAUAGCCUAUCUAAAUUUAGUGGUACUUUACUAUUUUAAAUUAUAACAUCUAGAUUGUAGAGCAAUAAAUUCGAUUACUUGGUCAAGUUUAAAUUA